ACUUCAUCAUCCACAGCCAUCACUUUACUGGGUUGUGGAACAUGGAUCAGCUGGCAGGGCCAGGGCCCGGAUGUUGUUCGGGUGGCCCUGACCUUCGGUCUGGCCGUGGCGACGGUGGUGUGGAUAUUUAGCCAUAUUUCCGGAGGUCACGUGAAUCCAGCCGUGACGAUCGCCGCACUCUUCACCAGGCGCGUCAGCAUCAUCAGGUAAGGAAGACAUCGGUGACGUCAGCGAUGUGUACGAAACUUUAGUUGACUUUACCUUAUGUUGUUGUUUUUAAAAUUAAAAUAUCCUUUAUGUUAAGUUCGCUUUAUUUUGUGUUUUUGUUUAAGGCAAAAUAUUGGGACGGCAAAUUGACCCACUCCCGAAAUCCUGUCGAGCUGAAAACUUGGCCACGUAGCCUGUUUGUCGAUGACAACACACUCGAUCCAUUUUUUAACCCCACCCCGACCCUUAAGAAUAAGUUUUUUUUUCACUCCUGGAUUUUUAAGGGAGGAGAUGAAUGAAAUAUGAAUGGUCAAUGGUUGCAUGUUUUGGUGUGGAGAUUAAUUGUGCUGCUAUGUGCUUUGCAUUUCUGGAGAAUUUGGGUAUGCAUCAAGAAAAAAAUUAAAACGUUAUUUUUUGAAGGGGGUAAUGAAGGAAAUGGGAAAAGUGUUAUCGCCAGAAGUUUUACCAAUGUACAUGAGCGAUUCUUAAUAAAUGAUAAAAUCUCGUACAAAUGACAUAAAUGCCAACAAAAAUGCACAUAAAGAAUUUAUACGAAAAUCGUUUAUUUUAGGGGUCGGUUUGAUUUAUUUUUUUUAAAAAUAAUCUCUAGGUAAUCUUAUUAGGUUUCUCAUUAAGGCAUCUCUGGUUGUGAUGGUUAAGGCUGAGGGGAGAAGGCAAGGGGGUGGGGUAGGAAGUAAUGGGAUCCACGCAAUAAUGUUUCGGUUUGUCGGUCCGUACGUCCUCUUCUGUCAAGCCGAGAAACGGUUGACAUAAUAAGAUGAAUAGCUGUCGGUGCUGACUUACCUGAAUAAGUGAACGACGGGAAGGUAUCACAUUGCGUGAUCGCAUCCAGUGGUGGCAAUGGUGCUGCUUCAAUUUUUGUUUUUUAACUUCCAAAUUGAUCUGAUUGCAAAUCUGAUAUUUACUUUUCGGUAAUAAGCUUCAAAAUGAAGAAGCUCCAGAACGAAUUGAAACACCCCCCCCCCUUUUUCCCCAACAACUGUGGCAGUUUGAACUCACUCUGACAACAAACACGCUCUCUUCCAGGGGUAUCCUGUACAUCGUUGCUCAAGUUGUCGGAGGGAUCGUCGGAGCAGGGAUCCUCUACGGGCUGACCCCAAGUGUCAAACAGGGCAACCUGGGGUCCAAUGUCCUCAACGUUAAUGUUUCUGCUGCCCAAGGUACGAUGACGUUUGGUUGCGGUUAAACAUAAACAAAUCAUUCCCACAUCUUUUGAAGGAAACUUCAGCGGCCGAUCUGUCUGAAAGCGCAUCGAUGGACCGCAUAGCGUUGUCCGUUGCCUGCUCCAUUCCAGCUAUUUAAACCAUAAAGUUAUACAAUCUAACACAGUUUGUGACGAGCUAUUUAACAUUCACACAUGUCAGCAAUGUUGUUCACGAGCACAAAGAUUUGAAAGAGUUCAUUCUAUAACCAACGUUAUUAUAAAAGCUCUUCAGACACAAACCUUUUAAUGAUAACUACGUAUCAUAUUAUGUAUAACCUUAUCAUUUCAUUUCAUUUUCUAAAAAUCAUCAUUUUAUCUCUCAUUCAUUUAAUUAUAUCGUAAUAAAAAAACACAGGGUGGGGGGGGGGGGACAAAAAUAAAGAAUGGAUGUAUUUGCAGAAAGCCUUCCCUGGCGAAACAACCAAAAACCACCUAAAAAAAACAAAAAAUAAAAAAAUAUUAUGUAUAACCUUAUCAUUUCAUUUCAUUUUCUAAAAAUCAUCAUUUUAUCUCUCAUUCAUUUAAUUAUAUCGUAAUAAAAAAACACAGGGUGGGGGGGGGGGACAAAACUAAAGAAUGGAUGUAUUUGCAGAAAGCCUUCCCUGGCGAAACAACCAAAAACCACCUAAAAAAAACAACAACUAAAAAAUCUUAUCUGAUUCUGUUGAAAGUUCUAGAGAAAUAUGUGAGCUCUAUCUUGUAUUUUUUCAGCUUUUCCCCUUUAUUGUGCUAAUAUAUUUCCUUUUUGUACCCUGAACGCAGUCCAUCCUCAUCCCACUUUUUUUUACUAUCCUAUUAUUGUCUAUCUUAAACUGCGACGUGUUCCAUCAUCAAAGUGUUUCAUCGUCUGCCUGGUUUACCUUCCAGGGUUUGGUGUUGAGCUCAUCGUCACCUUCGUCUACGUCCUGGCCGUGUUCUCAUCGCUUGACGACAAGAGAACAGACCUCAGAGGCUCAUCUCCCCUGACGAUUGGUCUGGCGGUGGUGGUCUGCCACCUGUUUGCUGUAAGUCCCUGCUGAAUGUGUCCACCCGUAGUGGACAUCCAGAUGCAAAGAUAAACAGAGUAUGGUGGGCGAUGAAUGAGGCGCCCUGGGACAAGAGUCCUUAUUAACACCCAACCCCCCUCCCCAGCUCUCUUCCUCUGAAACCCAUAUGUUUCAUCAGUAAAAAUACCACCAAAGCCCAUUUUGGCGCCCCCACUAGUCGAACCCCACUAAUCUGGCGCCCGAGGACAUUCCUACUCCCACUGCCCCUCUUAGUGAAAUAAAUGACGUGUAUAUAUCACAUGACUGCCCCAUUCGCCAUUUGAUAUACUCCAAAGGACCCCCCUCUCAUCUCACCCCCCCCCAGGACAUUCCUACUCCCACUGCCCCUCUUAGUGAAAUAAAUGACGUGUAUAUAUCACAUGACUGCCCCAUUCGCCAUUUGAUAUCCUCCAAAGGACCCCCCUCUCAUCUCUCCCCCCCCCCACAAAAAACCAUAAUUUUUACAUUUCAAAACCCAAUCGUCGGUCUCUGGCUUGGGGUGUCCACUUGUGGUCAAAGUCGAUGUAUUGGGUCAAAUUUCAAAUCCCUGAUUUCGGAAAUCGUCUACUGAGGCGUCGGAUUCUUGAACCUGAGAUUUUGAGAUCAGAGUUUCCCCACGUGAUAUUCUAAACAGCUGGAAUUUGAUAUACCUCCUAAAAAAUAUGACUCGCGUAUGAUUAUAGCGCUAAUCCUGAAUCUGAUAUUUUUAACUUUGCGCACUCUAAAAAAAAUAUAUGUUGAGAUCCUCUGUAAUCAGGGCGCUUUACUUUUCAGUUUGUCUUCCUCUUGGCACUCUUGCUGAUACCCAAGUCCCCUUCCUACCCCGACCCCCCCCCACACCAACACACUUUUCCCCGGGGAAAAAUGUGUGACCUUUAAGAGUGAAGUUCAAGGGCAGUAGAGUAAAGUUCUAAGUUCACUAUUUGCAAUGCUUCCCCCCCGCAGAUCCCCUACACCGGAGCCAGCCUCAAUCCUGCCAGAAGCUUCGGACCAGCCCUUAUUAUGGACGUGUGGGAGAACCACUGGGUAAGUACUGAGUAG